AGACUAAAAAUAACACUGUGGUUAUUCGAACCCUCUGAUGUUUUAACUAUUUAACGGAAAUUGUGGAAUGAUAUUACUCAAUCAGUUGCUGUCCAUCGUAUCGUUUCUGAAUGUCACGCCACUUUUUCAAAAAAUAAACAGAUGGACAACUGUGUAGAUAUUACACACGACUUGUGAACUGUGAAAAUUGAAGUACAGAGGUGAAAGAUUUCGAAUUUAGACGAUGUCAAACUUAACGUGGAGGGUACUGUUGAUUAUCACCAUAGGGCUGACUAGCGAAGGAAAUAUUUGGCAGACGAAGGAAGAUGUCUAUGAAAGUUUUCAGAAGACUCCACCGUUACAGGAAAUCAAGGAAUACCUCAUGAAAUAUUUUCUAGAUCGUCGAGACCACACAAGGGGAAAGAGAUUCAUUCCAUAUCACGACAUCAUUUUCAUUCUCGACUCAUCCAAGUUUCUCUCUGAGGAAAACUUUAAUCUCAGUGUUAUAACAGCACAAAAUUUGGUGACGAGGUUCGAUCCUGACACACAAUUUGCAUCAAUAAUAUUUGGGACCAAUGCUACCAUCAGCUUCAAUUUUCAUUUUGCCAGGGUAGCCAUUGAGAGCUUCGGUAAAGUAGGAUAUCAAGGAGGGAAGAGAAACACCUUUGAUGCAUUACAAGCCGCACAAAAUAUGCUUUUACUUAACCACAAUUCAGGGGUGCGUGACGGCAGUCGUAAAAAAGUGCUACUUGUGACUACAGGGCCGUGUGAGCGCACUCUUACUGAGACGAUCAAACUUCAGAGGCUGAUUUGGGUAGCGAUGCAAAUAAAAAACCUGGGAGCUGAAGUGUUUGUUGUUGCUGUCGGCAAUAGGAUUCCCAGAAUUGAAGAACUGCUUUUAAUUCCAAGUUCUACCGAUGUGCAUUUCUAUCGUGUGGCCAAUAUGACGGCAUUUAAGAGUUUAGUGGAUGAGAUCCCUAUCCAUAUCGUUUACCAAGAUGAUUACUAGGUUCCACAGUAUUCGACGACUUGUUUGAACAGUCGAAUCAUUCUUAUCCAUAUUCUUUACGACUGUAAAGACAGAACAAUGCAUUGGUACGCGCUAUUCUCGUUUAAUGAUCGCCUUUUGAUGAAUCUUCUUCACAAGCCACUGUUUGCGACCGGCACCAUUUGGAUUUUUAGACCUUUCUACCACUGGACAGUGGAAAGUCCAAAUAUUUUCGCCUAGACUACAGUUCAUUACAAAUAGGUUUAGCUAGUGGCUCUUAAUGUAGGUUUUUCUUCUAAGACCUCUAAUGCAGAAUAAUUACUAAUUAUUGACCACUAUGCUUAGCAUAACUAGUUUUCAGACUAUAUCAUACACCACCCAAACAGCAUGAGGUCAAAAUUUUCAUAACUAUGGAACGACAAUUUAUCAACUUGCAGGCUUUUCCUGGGGGGAGGGAGGAGGCCUUACUGCUGUUUGCUUUGUUAAACGACUCUAAGGCCUCCGUGAAAAAUUUUGAAGUUACGAUAUAGUCCAGAAAUGUAUGCUUGAUGGAAUCGGAAUUGGUGCAAAAGAUGCAUGUUCACCUUCAGGUACUUGAAUUUCAACAAGUUUGUUUUGCGCUUGUAAGAUCAUAUGUCAAAGCCGGAAAGAAACAACCCAAAAUUUAGUAUCACCUGUCGAUGGGCAGAUAAAUGAUGAUUUAAGUUUCUAUUUGUUAAAUAAGUUCAGAUGGUUAAUACCAGUUGUCAACUUUCAAUAUUGCAUGGAAAUGUUUGCAACACGUUUUAAUUAGAUCCAUGGGAGCAUUACCCGUCGGAGGAAAAAAUCAUAUGAUGUGUCUAAUGACUCAUGUGAGAGCCUUCCAAAAUCCCUGGCUUAACUCUUUCAGUAUAGAUGCUAUCAGUUGAAAGGAAGGAAGAUAAUGCUUUGUUCAAUUUAAACUUACCUAUUAAGGAUAGCCUGCACAAUUCAGAUCUUCUUAUUUUGCAGGGAUCUUCAAAAUAGCAUGUUGUUUUUAAGGUUAUUUUUAUCAGUUUUUUUACUACUAAUUCACUAGACGAAAAUGAUUUUGGUACUUUUAAACUCCCGGGUGUAUCGCAAAAGUUGUAAAAGGAUUGUGAUCCUUUUCAGAAAUGACAUCGUAAAAAAGGCUUUGGUGAGUUAUCGUGGUAAAUAACACUUACACAAGGGAAAUAUAAUCGUAUGUCUCACGACGUGGUCACUUCGGUGGAUCACAAUCCAAACCCGAAGUUACUACAUCUUGAGACGAAUGUUUAUACUGAAAUUAUUUCUCUUUUUUAGACAUUGUUGACAUUAUAAGCAAGACGCUAGGGGAAAAGAGGCACUAUUAGUUAUAUUAAACGUUUUCACAUGCCAAGACAAGUAACCAUACCAUAUUUUGCCGCAAAAAAAUUUGAAAUGUGGAAGACGCUUUCAACUGAAAGCGGAGGCACUAUUAGUUAUAUUAAACGUUUUCA